UUGUCUAUGUCAAUGUUUGAGUGAUUUGUCUGCAAUAGUAAAUGUCAUUCUAGUAUUUUUUGAGCUCAAUAAUAUCAGGAUGGCAGAGAAUAGAGAGGAAAUUCUUGCAAAUUUUCAGGGAAUAACAGCCAUAGAAGAUGUUGCAGAAGCAAUAUAUCACCUGGAAGAAGCCAACUGGGACUUGCUUGCCGCCAUCAACCGAGUGAUGCCACAGGACGGCAGCAGCUCGUCGGCGCGCAACAACGACACGCACGACGUCGAGAUGAUCGACGACGAUAUAUCUGUGAUAACUCCAAAAACUCACCCACCUGAUCGGGAAGACAGCAAUCAAGCGUCGACCUCAUCGCCUAGAAAUAGUUCCACUGAUUUGCUAGAGUUCCAAGUUCACUUUAAUAAUAAGUUGCACGAUGUCAAAAUGUCCCCCGUGGCCACAGUUGGUGAUUUAAAAAAGCGCAUAGAGUCAGUAUGCGGCGUGCCAGUGUGCCGACAACAGAUCUCAGGGCUGGGCGGGUCCAAGGCCACGACGGGCGCACUGCUGGGCAACCUGGGGCUGCCUCGCAACGCCGUGUUGCGGCUCAAGGCCGCCGACCAGAUCAUGGCUGACGACGAGGUGGCCGAGAGACUGACAACCACAUACGUGCUGCACGUGAAGCACGACGACAAGGACUACACGCUCAAGUACCCCGGCACCAAGACCGUGCAGGAGGUCAAGAACGACAUCUACUCGCUCACAGACAUACCCGUGCGGCAUCAGUCGUGGACGGGCUGGCCGUCGGUGUCUGGGCUGGACGACACGGUGCUGGCGAUGGUGGGGCUGGAGCAGCCGCAGCACACGCUGGCCGUGCGCCGCGCGCCGCACAACAAGCAGAAGGAGUACAAGCGGAUAAUAGUAGAAAGCUCAGACAGCGAGAACAGUUCCGUGGAAGAGGUGGAGGCCAGCGACGGCUUCACCGGAGAAGACGACAUGUUUGUCGACAUCGUACAAUCGGAACGGCUACAGCCUCUAAUGUCGGAGCACGUGGAAGACGAGGCGCUGGGCUGUAUCGAGUUCGCGCAGCGCUUCAAGGCGCGCUAUGGGCCCAACACUCCAAACUUCUUUGAAGGCACGCUGCAGGAUGCCAUCAAAGAGGCUUGUCUCAAGCCCGCCAAAGAGAGGAAGCUGCUCGGCCUGUACCUCCACCACGAACAAUCAGUGCUAUCCAACGUGUUCUGCGCGCAACUCCUCGGCUGCGAGGCCGUUCUGCAGACGCUCGCUACCAACUUCGUCGUCUACGGCUGGGACCUCACGCACCCCGACAACAACGUCAUGCUGCUGAACUCCGUGUCGAACGCGCUGGGCGCGGUGGCCAGCAUGACGAUCCGCAGCAUCCCGGUGGAGCGCCUGCCCGCGCUCGUGCUCAUCAUGCGCGUGCGCUCCAACACGGAGAUAUACUCCGUCAUCAACGGCAACGUGGGCGUGUCAGAGCUAGUAGGCGGUCUGAUAGAGGCUCUCGAACGAUUCGCGUCGCAGCGCGACGAAGACGCGCGAAUGGAGCGCGAGCGCGACGCGCGGCAGAAAGUCAAGCGCGAGCAGGACGAGGCCUACCAGCGCAGUCUUGAGGCCGACAGAGCAAAAGAAGAAAUUAAGAAACAACAAGAACUGGAGAGACAUCAGGAAUUGGAACGAGCGGAAUCAGAAAGACAAAUGGAAGAAGCGAGGAAAGAGGCGAUGCGGAGCAGCGCGGAGGCGCGCGUGCCCGCGGAGCCGGCGGCGGACGCGCGCGACGUGUGCCGCAUCCGCGUGCGCCUGCCGCCGCCGCACGAGCGCUGCCUCGAGCGCCGCUUCCACCCGCACGACACCGUCGCGGCGUUACUAGACUUCCUUGCAUCGAAAGGCUACCCACAAGAAAACUACAAAGUCAUAUCUAGCUGGCCUAGAAGAGACUUAACGACGGAAUCUCACAGCAGUACAUUAAAGGCCCUCAAACUGUACCCGCAAGAGACCGUGAUGCUGGAGGAGCGGUGAGCCCCCCGCGCGCCCCCACCCUCCCGGAGCCCGACGGAGCCGUCGCCAGCACAUCAGCUUAUAACAAAAUACCCCCGUGGAUUCUGA